AUGUCGGACUAUACGGAUUAUUUAAGAGAGCUCUACUACACCCCCGGUAAACCGGGUGCAUAUGCAGGUCCUGAAAAAUUAUAUCAGGCUGUUAAAAAGGAAGGCAAAUACAAGAUUGGUAGACGGAGGAUAAGACAGUUUUUAAACAAUGAAGAUUCUUAUAGCCUGUAUAAACCUAUUCGUAAAACAUUUCCGCGUUCAAAGGUGAUAGUGAACACAAUUGAUUCUAUGUGGGAUGGGGACUUGGCAGACGUUUCAAACAUUGCAUCCCAUAAUGAUGGUUAUAAAUUCCUCUUAGUGCUUAUUGACAUAUUUAGCCGAUAUUUAUUUAUUAUCCCCUUGAAAAAUAAACAUCACCAAAACAUUGUUGACGGUUUAAAAUCAGUUUUCCAAAGAGGAAGAAAACCUAAGACCCUUAGAACAGAUAAGGGUAGUGAAUUCAAAAAUCGUUGGGUAAAGACAUUUCUGAAGAAAGAGGGAAUCAACGUCAUGUACACUCAAAAUGAAACAAAGGCAAACUAUGCCGAACGGGAAAACCGAACCUACCGAUUUGUGAAUGUCUUGCAAGACCUGGUGAAAAGUUACAACAAUAGACCUCACAGAUCAUUAGGGGGGAAUGCCCCAGUUAAUGUAAACCAAGAAAAUGCCGAUGAAAUAAGACUAGCGGCUUAUCUGUCGACGAAUAAAAAACCAAACCUGGCAAAAAAUGAUCUGAACAAGCCUAAGGACUCGAGCAAAACAAAAGUGCCCAAAAAAAUAAAACCCUUUUUCAAAUUAAAAAUUGGAGAUAAUGUCAGAAUAUCACAGCUAAAACACCCUUUCCAAAGAGACUACCAGCAGAAAUGGACAGAAGAGUUUUUUAAAGUGAGUGAAAGAUACAAAAGAGGCCAAGUACCUGUGUACAAAGUAAAAGAUUUGGCAGACGACCCUAUAGAAGGUACUUUCUACGAGUCUGAGCUUCCAAAAGUCGUCAAGUCAGAUGAUGUUUCUUAUAGAGUGGACAAAAUACUUAAAAGAAGACGUCGUGGUACAACCAAGGAAGUGUAUGUGAAAUGGGAAGGAUGGCCAAAGAAAUUUAAUUCAUGGAUUCCAGAGAGUUCUCUCGAAAAACAAUAA